GUUGUUUAUUUCCCGGUAAAGGGUUAUAAAGUCCCUGCCGAAACAAUGCAACCGUAACUCACCAAAUUAAACAGAGCCGCAUUCACACAUCAAUUCGAUUCAUGCCUGCUAGCAGUCAUGUCGACAUCUAAUCAGGGAGGUCAACCUCCAAGCCUUUCGUCAAUCGAAAACCUUCAAGAAAAUGUUCAAUCUCAUUCAGAAGUCACCAUCGUCAACUAUGACUUCGAAUCCCAGGAAGAAGAUUCAAGGGUGGAGGAAGAAGUCCACGAGUUGGCACGUCGAUACACGACUGCAUCAAACUUUCAAGGAUCGCUUUUUCCUCAUCAACCAGGCAGCCCUCUCGACCCCAGUAGCGACACGUUCAAUGCCCGCAAGUGGGCCAAAGCUUUUUACGACCUAAGGGUUGAUACAGCCGAGGGCAGUCCACCUAGAACCACAGGGAUCGCAUUCAAGAACCUCAACGUUCAUGGUUUUGGAACAAGCACCGACUUCCAGAAGGAUGUGGGGAAUUCCAUCCUUAACAUCGGCUCUGCCGUAGACAAGAUGUUGGGCAGGAAACAAGAACGAAUCGACAUUCUACACAACCUAGAAGGUGUGGUACAUGCUGGGGAGCUGCUGGCAGUUCUUGGACCUCCAGGAUCAGGUUGUACGACUUUCCUCAAGACUGUGGCUGGAGAGACUCAUGGUUUUCAUGUCGAUCCGGAAGCUACCAUCAACUACCAGGGAAUCCAUCCCAAACAGAUGCGAACAUCAUUUCGAGGCGAGGCCAUCUACACUGCCGAGGUCGAUCAUCACUUUGCCCAUCUUACCGUCGGUGACACACUCUACUUUGCCGCGAGGUGUCGGAUUCCAAAGAACAUCCCUUCGGGUAUAUCGAGAAGGGAAUAUGCUGAGCAUCUUCGGGAUGUAACCAUGGCCAUGUUUGGCAUUUCCCAUACGAUAAACUCCAAGGUUGGAAAUGGUUUUGUUCGAGGUGUGAGUGGUGGAGAGAGAAAAAGAGUCACCAUCGCAGAGGCGGCUCUGAGUUACUCCCCUCUUCAAUGUUGGGACAACAGUACCAGAGGUCUCGACAGCGCAAACGCUGUUGAGUUUGUGCGUACAUUGCGAACACAGUCCGAUAUCAUGUCGUGCACUUCUGCUGUGGCAAUCUAUCAAGCGCCCCAGGAUGCCUAUGAUCUCUUUCACAAAGUCAUCGUCCUCUACGAAGGCCGCCAGAUUUACUUUGGACCCACCGGACAAGCUCAAGCCUACUUUGAAGGGCUGGGUUUCGUUUGCCCCGAUCAACAAACUACAGCCGACUUUCUCACAUCCAUGACCAGCAAUCAAGAACGUAUCAUUCGUCCUGGUUGGGAAGGCAAGGCACCUCGAAGUCCCGAUGAGUUUGCACAAGCUUGGAAGAACAGUCAACAACGCGCUGCUCUCAUGGUGGAAAUCGACAGCUACAUCGAACAACAUCCUUUCCACGGUCAAGACCUACAAACAUUUGCCAAGUCGCGGAGGAUGGACCAGUCCAAGGCCCAGCGGGCAAAGUCACCUUACACGCUCUCAUUUGGUGAACAGCUAGGAAUAACACUGUGGCGCAGUAUCGUCAUGCUCAAGAACGAUCCAAGCACCACGGUAGCGGCGCUUUUUACAAACACAUUCCAGGCGGUCAUAAUUGGAAGCAUUUUUUAUAAUCUUUCGGCCGAUACGUCAUCCUUCUUCAAAAGGAGUACCCUAUUGUUCUUUUUGGUUCUCAUGAAUGCGUUCGGUAGCAUUCUUGAGAUCCUGUCACUAUACGCCAAGCGCACGAUAGUGGAAAAGCACGCUCGCUAUGCUCUCUAUCGUCCUUCAGUCGAAGCUCUAUCUGCCAUGGUGGCCGAUUUGCCUUAUAAGAUUGUCAACGCCAUCAUCAUGAAUACGAUUCUCUAUUUUAUGGGCAAUUUACGAAGAGAGGCAGGGGCUUAUUUUUUCUUCUUGCUCAUCAAUUUCGUCAUGACAUUGUCAAUGUCCAUGAUGUUUCGACUGAUCGCUUCUGUUACAAAAACAAUCUCGGCAGCCAUGGCCCCUGCGUCAAUCAUCCUGCUUGCCAUUGUGCUAUACACGGGCUUCUCCAUCCCGGUUCAAUACAUGCAGGUUUGGCUUGGUUGGUUGAGGUGGAUCAACCCUGUCUACUACGGACUCGAAAGUAUCAUGUUGAACGAGUUUCUUGGCCGAAAUUUCGAAUGCACAUCGUUCAUUCCAUCUGGCAGCUCUUACAACAAUGUCCCUUCGUCCAGCCGAGUCUGCACCACAGUAGGUUCAAUCCCAGGUCAACCUUUCGUCACGGGUGCUGCCUAUCUUGAAUCUUCAUACGACUACCUGGGUGAACAUAAGUGGCGCAACUUUGGAGUUGUGGUUGCAUUCACGAUCCUCUUCAUGGUUCUGCAUCUGGUAGCGACCGAGUACGUGGCCGCGGCACGUUCAAAGGGAGAGGUUUUGGUUUUUACCAGAAAGGCAUUGAAGGCUCGUAAGCGCCAGCAAAAGUCGAGUGGCGAUAUUGAAAUGUCAAGCCAAGGCAGACAGUACAUUGAAGAAAGUGAAGGCCCGGUCGAUAUGGAAAAGCAAACUUCCGUCUUUCACUGGAAAGAUGUUUGCUACGACAUCAAGAUCAAGGGAGAGCCACGCCGAAUUCUUGACCACGUUGACGGUUGGGUCAAACCUGGUACCCUCACCGCACUGAUGGGAGUUUCUGGUGCUGGAAAGACCACGCUUUUGGAUGUCCUUGCUAGCCGUGUCACCAUGGGUGUUAUCUCUGGUUCCAUGCUAGUCGAUGGGCAGCCUCGGGACUUUUCAUUCCAGCGCAAGACGGGUUACGUGCAACAACAAGACCUUCACCUUCACACCUCGACCGUCCGAGAAGCGUUGACUUUUUCGGCCAUCCUUCGACAACCAUCACACUACACCAAAAAGGAAAAGAUUGAUUAUGUCGACACGGUCAUUAGCAUGCUCGGUAUGGAAGAGUACGCCGACGCAGUUAUCGGUAUUCCGGGUGAAGGUCUAAACGUCGAGCAGCGAAAGCGGUUGACCAUUGGUGUUGAGUUGGCAGCCCGUCCACAACUCCUCCUCUUCCUCGACGAACCAACAUCUGGUCUUGACAGUCAAACAUCAUGGUCGAUUUGCAACUUGAUGGAAAAGCUCACCCGUAGUGGACAGGCUAUUCUGUGCACCAUCCAUCAACCUUCUGCAAUUCUGUUUCAGCGUUUCGACAGAUUGUUGUUGCUUGCCAAAGGCGGCCGCACCGUCUACUUUGGUGAAAUCGGUAAAAACUCACACGUCUUGAUGGACUAUUUCGUCCGCAACGGAGGACCAGAGUGCCCAGAAGGAGCCAAUCCCGCGGAACACAUGCUCGAGGUGAUUGGGGCGGCGCGUGGUGCAAAAACCGAAAUCGACUGGCCGGCAGUUUGGCGUCAGAGCCCAGAGUACCAGGGUGUCCAGGACGAACUGGCUCGUCUUUCAUCAACCAGGGCGGUCCCGGUCUCGAGCGACAAUACGCAGCACAAUGAAUUUGCGGCCGGGAUGAUCACUCAGUUUGAGCAGGUCACUAAACGCGUCUUCCAACAGUACUGGAGAAUGCCUGCUCUCAUCGCAUCCAAGGCGAUUUUGUCUUUUGGCACGGCCCUCUUCAUCGGACUUUCGUUCCUCAACGCCCAAAACUCGAUCCGUGGACUUCAAAACCAACUGUUUGGAGUUUUCAUGUUUCUCAGUAUUUUUGGUCAGAUUCUCAACCAGAUCAUGCCAAUGUUUGUCACCCAGAGGACAAUGUAUGAGGCUCGUGAAAGACCAUCCAAAACGUAUUCCUGGCAAUCCUUUAUUUUCGCCAAUGUGGUUGUCGAAAUGGCUUGGAACACGCUCAUGGGUACUCUCUGCUUCAUCUGCUGGUACUUCCCCAUGGGUCUUUACCGCAAUGCCUAUCUCACCGACACUGUCGAUAGCCGGGGAGCUACAAUGUUUGCCCAAGUCUGGAUAUUUUUCAUCUUUGUCACCUCUUUUGCCUUUUUGGGCAUUGCAGCUCUCGAGUCUGCCGAAGUCGCCGGCUCUGUGUGCAACCUUUUGAACAUUAUGAUGUUUUCAUUCUGCGGCGUGCUCGCAGGUCCAAACGACCUCCCUCGGUUCUGGAUCUUCAUGUACCGCGUCAACCCAUUCACGUAUGUGGUUGAAAGCUUUUUAGGGACGGGGCUCGCAGACACGACCGUCACUUGUGCUGCCAACGAAUAUGUCACCUUCAAUCCGGCCAACGGUACCUGCAGCGAAUACAUGGCAACGUACAUGUCGUCCGCUGGCGGUUAUCUUCAGAACCCUCAGGCUACAAGCGACUGCAGUUACUGUUCUAUGGACAGUACCAACACUUACCUCACGAGUCUCAACAUCAAUCCGGCCAAUACAUGGCGAAACUUUGGGCUCAUGUGGGUAUAUGUUGUUUUCAAUUUGGGCGCGGCGGUGACGUUGUACUGGAUGGCAAGGGUGCCUAAGCGCAAGGCAAAGAAGGAGUAGAUGAGAGGAGGGGUAAUUUGCACAAACCAAUCAUGUACCUAAUUUAUAUAAUAGAUCCCAUGUCUGUAAUGUCACAUUUUUAUGAGCA